GAUUUGGUAAGGAUCGUGGAAGCAAAAAAGCUUACGAUAGGAGGAGGAGGAGGAACCCCUUGACACGCCCACCUUUAGAUCAUGCAUAAAUUUUAAUAUUGAUCAACAAGAUAUUCAUUCUUCUCUAGCUAGCUCUGUUGGAUAAUACAAUCUAGCUAGUCCAGUCGGCCAUGGAUACCAACACACUGACAAACCAGAUGAGGACGGAGGUGACCAUGUACUCAAUCAUAGUGGGUCUCUCCAUCUUGGUGUUGUGCGUGGCACCCUGUGUACUGUUUGCCCUCCUUUCAAAAUGCUUCCAGAGCCAGUCACCCAGGAGAAGGUCUAGUACUCUGCGUAGUGUGCUCUCUGCUGGUAUGAAGCUACUGGAGGCGGCGAAAGAACCUCCGCCUCUGGACUCGAUUGGCUACGGACAGUUUGGUCCCAUGCAAAUGUCUAUCAGUCAGCUUGACUGCAUUGAGAGAAUUAUUAGUGUCAAGUCCAAGCUCCCGUGUGUGACCAUGUGGAAGGCAUAUGCACCAGUUGUCAUGUUCGAUAAUGACCUCUCUGAAAAGAGGCUGGUCGCCAUUAAGAAAAUCAGCGAAACAUCCUCUUCAGAUGUACACGGUGUGAGCCAUAGCAACUGUCUGAAGAGUGAGCUGCAGAUGCUCUCUCACAUACCCCCUCACUACCACUUGCUGAACCUGCUGGGAGUAUGUCUCAACAACAGUAACCCGGUGGCCCUGAUAAUGGAGUACACGCCCUACGGCCCUCUCCACACUUACCUGCUCAUCAAGCGUCGGGCCAUGCUCUCUCACAACACCAACAAGUGGGCGGGGUUGGACUACGUAUCGGAUGAGUCCCUUGCGAUCAAGGCACUCGAGGAAACGGACCGACCUUGUAUUUCCCCGCUAUUGGACAAUUAUGAGGCUCGUAGUAGGGCAUUUAGUAUCCCUCUGUGUGAGCCUUUCACUGAAGUGGACGUGCUCUUAUUUGGAUUGCAGAUUGCUUGUACGAUGGACUUCCUUUGUGGAGAAGAGCACUUUCACAAGCGUAUGUCCACGGAAAGCAUUCUGAUAGCACCUGGCUUCUACCUCAAGGUGAUAGGUAUGGACUUUGAUGUGCCCAUGAUGCACAAAACAAACUCGAUCAGAACUCUCAGGAGAACAGCCAGUGGUCGUAAUCAGAAUAAAUGGGAUGCCCCUGAGGUUAUGGAGAAAGAAGAUCACUCGGAGCUUUCUGAAGUUUGGAGGUUUGGAAUGACCUUGUGGGAGAUCUGUUCCCUUGGAGACACUCCAUUUGAGGGUAUCCCGGCCCGAUCUCUGGCCGACCUCCUUAGGAAGGAAGAGGUCCCAUGUAAGCCUGAGGGCACCUCAGACAAGCUGUACUCCCUAAUGACCCUUUGCUGGGAGGUGGAACCUACCAGCAGACCAACCUUCAGAGAAAUUGUAGACAAGAUUAAGACCAUGCUGAGAACACAUGAUUUUACUGCUGCCUCCUCCACGGCUAAGCCCACCUCCCUUGCUAUGCCUACCUCCGCUGCUAUGCCUCGCCUCAGCCCAGUCUCUGAGCUAGACUCUGCCCCCCUCAUAGGUAGACUCUCCCCCGCUUCUGACCAAGACUCCAUCACGGGCAGCCUCCACAGACGAUCUUCUUGCAGACCUAUUGUACUGCCCAUCACAACACAAAUACCUCACGGAAUGAGAGCAGCCAUCUUGAGCAGUAGCCACAUCCCUCUACUCGACUCACCUGGUUCUGGUUCUGGCUAUCUAGAGACUGAUGUGUGACCCUCACUCACUACAUAUACAUGUCCACUUUGUGUAAUGUUUAGUGCCGCAAACAGUCAUAAAGCAGUUUGUUAAACGUUUACAUAAUUAUUUUCUGUAUGACCAAUAAUCUUAAUAUGCAUGCAUACACCUACUGUUAUUUUUCAAUAAUACUUUUAUUAUCACAAA